AUGUCGUCAAAUAAUAAUAAUCGUAUAACUAGUUAUUUUGGAAGUGUUCAGAAAAAAUGUAAAUUACAAUCUAAUGAAGAUGGUACAAAAGAGUCAGAAACCAUUGCAAUCUCAAAUCCAACAAAUACGAAUUGUUUUGAUACAAGUGAGUUAAUUAAUCCAAUAGAAAUUGAAAAACUUCAUGAUAUUGAAUUAGAUAUUGCAAAUUUCAUAACUCAAACUAACGCUAUAAAUGAUUAUUCGAAAUCAGUCAUCCUUCAACGAAGUAAUGUUCCUAGCAAUGAUUUUCAAUAUCCAUUUUCAAUUCAUACUAAAAAAGGUAAAUCGGAAAAACGAUUUUUAAGAAAAAAUCACUUUGAAAAGUUUCCAUACAUUGAAUUUUCAAAAAUUAAGUCUGGUUUAUUUUGUAAGGUUUGUGUUUUGUUUUCAACUUCAAACAAAGGGGGUAUGCAUAAAACAGAGCAAUUAAAAAGCUUGGUUACUGAACCAGUAAUUAAAUUUGCAAAGCUAUUAGGAAAAGAUGGCCAGCAAAAUAUACCGUUGCGUGGUCAUCGUGAUGAUGGUUUUAUUUAUCAAGAAGAUGGGGGAAAAGUUGAUUCUGUCAUUAAUCAAGGAAACUUUAAAGAACUUCUUAAGUUUCGAAUUGAUGCUGGUGACCAUUUACUUAAAAAUCAUUUGAAAACUACUGGUGAAAGAGCUACUUAUAUAAGUAAACUAACGCAAAAUGAAAUAAUCGAGUGUUGCAAACUAGAAAUAUUACAUUUAAUACUUUUAGAAGUAAAAGAAGCAAAAUAUUUUAGUAUUCUAUUUGAUGGGACCACAGACUUAUCUAACAUUUCUCAAAUGUGUUUAAUUAUUCGGUAUAUUUUACAUGGAAAAUCGUAUGAAAGAUUUUUAACAUUUAUCGAUUGUCAUAGCUAUGUUUAUAAUGAACGAAAACACCAACAAUUAGAUGUUCAUUUGGAAGACAACGAUGAACCUCAAUAA